AUGAUGUGUCACGAAUCCGAGACCGCUCGCCUGGUUCCAUCUCAAUUUGGGCGCGAGAGUCAAGACAGCUGUGACUUUGAAGCAAGACAGUUGAAACUGCGGAGUGACAAACCCUGUGACCAUCAGAGUCCACGCUUCGAUUGCUGCCAAGAAUCUCAAGAAGGUUUGGCUGGUUUGGCUGAUUGUUGCAAUGUUUGGCAUCAUUGCUUGUUGCGAUGUUUGGGCCCGAUCUUUGGCUGGCUCGGUUUCGACAUCUUAGAUGGCUGGUGGCCUGAAAGGCAAAUGACUUCUGCAGAAUAUGUGUUUUAUCAGGCUCAACAGAACCACAUUAAGCAUGUGGAAUGUAUCACCCGGGCCGUGAAAGGGAAGCACGUUGGAAGAGAAGAACUUCGAAAGGCAGUUCUGUCCUUUGCCGGAAGUGAUCAAUGCACUGAAGUGACCUGUGCCGAGCUCAAAGCAAUGUUCUACUUUGCCGAGUGUCAGCAAGACGGACACGUGAUAGCGAUGUCGAUUGGAGAGUUUCAGUGGAAUACAUCCUGGCCACAAAGCAAGAAGAGUGCACAGUUGAUCUCAGAUGCGCAAGGAAUUCUCAGCUGUGAAGCUAAGCUGCUGAAUGAGAAUGAGCCGAAGGAGAUCGCCACAGAGCCCAGGGCCCAGUGGGUGCCGCAACGCCUCAACCUUGGCACCCGCGGUGUCAGGCAAAAAAUGGCAGGAGGAGCAACCUUUCGAAAUCCACACAAUUUGCCGGUGAAGGACUGUGUCGUAUGCGGCCGUCCCUUCACUUGGAGGAAGAAGUGGGAACGUUGCUGGGACGAGGUAACGACUUGCAGCAAUCGGUGCAGAACUGAACGUCGACACCGCGCCAAAUCCAAAGAUGGGGCAGUCUUGGCAGGAGUCUCUGCUGCUGCCGCCGCUUCCGCUGGAAAAAAAGUCUCAAAAUCGGAGGAAGCCAACGAGGACGCAGAAGACUCCAAAGAGCCUCUUGAGGGCCUUGAGAGCGAGGAAGGAGUUCCUGCUGUUUGGAAGAGGAAUCCCUCUUUCACCUUAAGCGUGGAAGCCUAUGCACAGGUUGCAGGGGAGGAGCCCAUGGAUUUCCCGGUAAACCCACUUGCCUUGGCCAAGGAAGGCUCCAUGGAAUCCUUGAUCGAGGCUACGCAUGGCUUGCUGGUGCUUGAGCAUGAGGAAACGGUGUCGUAUCCUUUUCCUUUGGGAACACCUGACGAAGCCUGUGAUUCGGCAAUGAUUGUAGCCGGCUCAUGGCUGGAGAAAUUGAAGAAAGGCGGUAGAGUUGAUGCGAAGGAGCGUUUCUGUGAAUCAUUUGUCACAAAGCUGGAGGAGAACGGAAUGAAGGACGGGCAGGUCUACAAGGUUGCAGGUUCGGAGGCAGCCUUGCUAUCGCUGAAGAAACCAGAAAUGUUUAACGCGGAGCUGUGAUUCCAGAAAAGACAAAUGGCAUGAAUCAAAGGGAUUCAAAGGGCGUAAUGCUGCUGAGGGGGUGAUCUCACAAGCCUGAAAGCAACUUUGAAACCAGCUGCCACAAUUGGUGUUGUCACAAGUUGUCACAAGAAAUAUAUACAAACAAAUGAAUGCUCUUUUGGUUCCCCCAACGAUGCGGUGGUUUGCCAGAAGCGAAAAAGUUCAGGAAUGCAUUUGGGUUUGGUUUUCUUUGGUUUUCUUGUC